UAACAACCGCACAGCUGGAUUACACAUUGUAUUCAUGUGAAAGGCCAGCUGUUUGAGACAUGUAAACAAGCGUGUGGUGGAUAGUGCGUAUAAGAUCUCCUGGCUACAGUACACAGUAUCUUGAAGAGAACUACACAGACAUUAGGACUACUGAGACUAAGAAGGAAUAAUGCCGAAAACAGUACUGAUGAUAUUACUAAUGUAUCUCGUGCUACUGGAUAUCUCUCUCCAAGACAACGGGGAAAAGUCCAAUGAAGAAUACCAAAACAUCACAUCUAUCAGGCCAAGAAGCUUCAAUGGAAGGAGAAUGGCAACAAAAAUCAUACCCCCGGAAAUCAAGAUCAUGAUGGAGACAGACUCGUUUUCUUUUUCUCCCACUCCGUCCCUGGAGUUGGACCCAUUGGCCAAUGACACGGCCAGUUACUUCACUGGUGUCCUGAGCACCCGUGUCAUCCCUGCCAUCUACAUAGUGGCCAUUAUCAUUGGGAUACCAUCCAACACCAUUGUCCUGGUGGCUCUGAGCUCCAAAACCAAAGCAUUCUCCGCCGCCAUCCUCUAUUUCAGCCUGGCCCUGUCUGACCUGCUAUUCCUGCUAACUCUAACACUGAGAGUGUUCUACCACUUCAACGGAAACCACUGGGUGUUUGGGGAGGCUGCGUGCAGGGUGGUGACAGCCUGUUUCUAUGGAAACGUCUACUGCUCCAUCAACACGCUCAUGUGUAUCAGCAUCAAGCGCUACCUGGCCACUGUCCACCCCUUCACCUAUAAGAGCCUGCCCAAGCACUCCUGCACCCUGUGGAGCAGUCUGAUGGUCUGGUUUCUGUUUUUCACUGCCAUGGUUCCAGAACUCCUCAUUACUCAGAGCUACCAUCUCCCACAACUUGGGAUAACCAGCUGCCAUGAUGUCCUCCCCCUAAAUGACAAAUCAUUCUCCUUCCUGCCCUACUAUAAACUCACCCUGAUUUGUAUGGGAUUCUUUGUGCCCUUCAUAGUCACUGUCAUCUCCCAUGUGUCUAUAAUCUACCAGCUGAACAAGGCAUACGAUGACUGGAUGUAUUUUAUCAAAAUGAGCACCUUGGUGUUCAUUAUAUUCACAGUGUGCUUUAUGCCCAGUAAUGUAAUCCACUUCAUUCAUUAUGUCAAAUUGUACACCAGCACAGAGGAGCACUUCUAUGUGUACUACAGUGUGGCAAUGUGUUUGUGUGGCUUUCACAGCUGUCUGGACCCCUUCCUGUUCUCCUUCAUGUCCAGAUCGACAGGGUCAAAGCUGUACUUCAUCACAUUUAAGGGAAAAACAUAA